AUGUUCGACAUUCAGGCCACGAUCCGAGCAAGGCUGGAAGCUGGUCCGAACCCAGCUUCGGGACAUCCAGCUCCCAGCGCUUCAGCCCCUCCAGGGCGUUCAGCUGCCAUUCCUGCAGCAUGCACAGGCCAGGGCAAGGCUCUUGCGGAUUCUUCCGAGCGUGAAUCUCAGCCAGAGAGAUCGCCAAGAGCAUUCUCUGAGGCCGGAGACGAUUCUGAAACGCCGAGGCCCAAAGCUCAUCCUGUGCCGAAGAAGCCCUUGAAGGGCAGAGGAAGGGGCAGAGGUGGCCAUGGACGUGGCAGAACGAAGAAGGAGCACACUGAUGCCACCGCACCUGCCACAGAAGGCAAUGGAGGAGAGAAUGGUGAAGUUGAUGAACCCGAAGAUGAUGCCGAUGCGACUGUCCUGCCACUGGAGCCUAAACCCAAACCCAAGAAAACCAAGGACAUCAAGAAAAGGCCUGCUGCUUCGACCAAGGCAGCCAUGGAAUGUGAUGCUGGGAUGAAAAAGCCUGCUGCGUCGGUGGAGAAAAGCCUGGAGCCCGAGACUGUUGAGGUUGACGGUGGCGACAAGGAACCGGGCAGUGCUUUGAAGCGACCUGGUGCGAAACUUGGAUCCACGCCACAGGCCAAGGUCAAUGUCAAGCAUGCGAAGAGGGAGAAUGAGACCAAGAAGGAAGUUCGCGUACUCAAGUCUGGGUGGAAGGUCAACAAGUUUAUUUGCAGUCACCGCAGCAACUACUACAGCUACCAGUCCCCGGAUGGCACAACGUUCUAUUCCAAGCGCCAAGCAGAAGCUGAAGGAUUUGUGGAUGAAUGA